UGACUUUACUGUCUUGUUUUUGGGGUCCCAGAGACCCCAGUGUUUUGUGGGUAAAAUAAAAUUUCAUUGAGAUCAAACCGGAAAGAGAGACUGGUGGGAGGUUGUGUGUGUGUGUGUGUGUGUGUAAGAGAGUCAGCUGUACCCUCAAACCCAAACAGAAGUAUUUAUAUAUAAGAGGGUGUUUAAACAUAGAGGAAGCAAGUUUGGGUGUUGGUAAAAGACGCUUUGUGUACGUAUGAAUCAUAGCUUGUGGCGUAACCCAGGGGAGAUAUUUAAAUCCUCUGCACACCAGCAACCCUUGAUCUGAGAUCACUGCGGACUCUGCACAGACUCAGCCAUGUCGAAGCUGGAGAAGGCCAUCAUCGCUAUUGAGGAGGUGUUUGUGGAGUACGCUGGUACUGAUGACAACAAGAAGAAUCUGAGCAAUGCUGAGCUGAGUGCUCUGAUUAAGGCUCAACUGAGCAGCCCUGAGUUCCAGGGUAAAAUGGACCAAGAGGAUGUCAGUGAAUCUCUGGACAAAAUAGACAAGAACCAUGAUGGCCAGGUGAACUUCAAGGAGUUCUCUCAGUGUGUGGCCCAUCUUGCCCAGAGCUACUUCAAGAAGAAGCAUGGCAAGGACAAGGGAUGCAAGGGAAGCAAGGGAAGCAAAUGAAGCGGCUCCUAGAUGCGAUCAAUAUCCUGUUUCAUCCCAUCUUUAUGGAAGCAAUUGAAGCUUGUAUAAAUGUGCUUGACAGUGCCAGUCUUGUAUCUCAUACGCAUAUAUAAACAAUCUAGAUGCAUUUACUACAUGUAAUGCUUUAUGCAAUUAACAAUAAAUAAUUU